AUGUCCGAAACUCCCACAAACGGUUUCUCGACGCCGGUCUCGCCCGUCACUCCCAAGACGAGUGGGCUUGCCUUGACCGAGUAUACCGCCGCUCCGACACCGCCCCGUGAGCAACGAACCCCAGGCUUGCCUCCCAAUUGGGGCAUUCCUGAAGCUUUCCUGCUACCCAAUGGAUACCCGGAUUACCUCCGAUUGAUUUUAACGUCACGAGUUUACGAUGUUAUUGAAGAGAGUCCUCUGACCCAUGCUGUCAACCUCAGCAACAGGCUGGAAAGCCGGGUCCUUCUCAAGCGGGAGGACCUGCUGCCUGUCUUCAGCUUCAAGCUGCGUGGCGCAUACAACAAGAUGGCUCAUUUGAACGAUGAGCAGCGGUGGAAGGGCGUCAUUGCUUGCUCUGCGGGUAACCAUGCGCAGGGUGUGGCCUAUUCCGCCCGCAAGCUGAGAAUCCCCGCUACCAUCGUCAUGCCCUCGGGUACCCCAGCCAUUAAACAUUUGAAUGUCGCUCGCUUGGGAGGAAGCGUAGUACUUCACGGACAGGAUUUCGAUGCCGCAAAGGACGAGGCUCACCGAUUGGAGAAGCAGCAUGGUCUGACCAACAUCCCGCCGUUUGACGAUCCCUAUGUCAUUGCCGGUCAAGGUACUAUUGGAAUGGAGCUUCUGCGCCAAGCAAACUUGGACAAGUUGGAGGCAGUCUUCUGUGCUGUCGGCGGAGGUGGCCUGAUUGCCGGCAUUGGAGUCUAUCUUAAGCGCAUCGCUCCCCAGGUCAAGGUCAUUGGUGUGGAGGCUUAUGAUGCCAAUGCUAUGACCCAGUCUCUCGAUGCGGGCAACCGAGUCUUCCUGAAGGAGGUUGGCCUCUUUGCGGAUGGCGCCGCAGUGAAGUCCGUCGGCGAAGAGACUUGGCGUCUCAGUCGCGAGGUUAUCGACGAGGUCAUCCAGGUGAGCACCGACGAGACCUGCGCAGCCAUCAAGGAUGCCUUCGAAGAUACCCGGUCCAUCGUCGAGCCCGCCGGCGCUCUCGCCCUUGCCGGUCUGAAGAAGUACAUCGCCAAAAACCCUAGCCCCGACCCCAACCGUGAGCUGAUCGCCAUUACCUCCGGUGCCAACAUGGACUUCGACCGUCUGCGGUUCGUCGCUGAGCGUGCCGCUCUCGGCGAGAAGAAGGAAGCCCUCCUGAGCGUCAACAUCCCCGAAAAGCCUGGCGCAUUUGCCAAGCUUGUCGAAAUCGUGCUGCCCCACGCCGUUACCGCAUUCAACUACCGCUAUGCCCGCGAAGAAUCCGCCGAUGUGUUGAUGGGUAUUUCUCUUUCUGCCACGACUGGCCGCGAGGAUCUGGCCAAGAUCAUGACACAAUUGGAGAAUGGCGGCAUGAGCUGCCGGGAUUUGAGCGACGACGAGCUUGCCAAGCGUCAUCUGCGCUUCCUCGUCGGCGGCCGCUGCGACGUUGCCGAUGAGCGCAUCUUCAUGUUCGAGUUCCCCGAGCGUCCAGGUGCUCUUGCCAAGUUCCUCGCCACCCUCCGUCCUAAGCAAAACAUCUCUCUGUUCCACUACCGUAACUACGGUGGCGACGUUGGCAAAGUUCUGGCUGGAAUCCAGUGCCCGUCGCCGGAGAAGGAGGAUUUGGAGGCUUUCCUUCGGGAUCUGGGUUAUCCGUUCAGUGAGCACACUGAUUCUCCUACGUACAAGACCUUUUUACGUUCGGAAUAA